AUGCCAUCUCCGCCGGCGGCUGCAUCGCCUUCGAUGCCUGCCACUGGUUCUUCACCUUCGUCCGGAGGUGCAGGCGUGGUUGCGUUCAUAACGGGUGGGGGUCGUGGGAUUGGCCGGGCAAUUGGUGAGCGCCUGAUUGCAUCCGGCUACCGUGUUGCCUUUGCUGAUCGAGCUGUGUAUGAGGAGAACAAGCUGAAGGACGAUCAGCGAAAAUUACAAGUCUUAGACCUAGUCUGCGACGUCACAGACCGAGCCUCCCUUGAAACAGCGUUUGCCGAUACAGAAGGCUAUUUCGGUGCGCCAGCGCAGAUAUUGGUUUGCUGUGCUGGGUUGUUGUCGGGUACAAGAUUCUUGGAUAUAGAACCAGGGGAAUGGAGCAAGCUGCUGGGUGUAAACUUGGAUGGAGUCUUCAACACGGCGCAGAUAGGGAUUAAAAGGAUGCUCGCACAAGAUCCUCCUGCAGACUCCUCGUUUUAUGGCAGGGUCAUUGUCCUGGCGAGUCAGGCAGGUAUUCCUAUUUUUUCAGACGUUCCCGUUGCGUACCUACCCGCUCCUUAUUUCUGGCAAGGUUUUUCCCAUGAUGCCUCUGAAGACAACAAAACAAACACAAACUCUCAAAUCUAGUUCACAAAAACACCUAGUAGAAGUAGAAAAACCAGGUCGUUCGCAGUCGAAGCUAGGUGGUGCGCAUUACAUGGCGAGUAAAGCUGGCGUCAUAGGUCUCACCCGGUCUAUCGCUGGGGAGUUUGGACGAAGAGGCAUAACAGCCAAUGCAGUCUGUCCUGGCGUCAUCGAUUCCGAUAUGUCGAGAGGCGCGAUUUCCAAACUGGGAGGAGGUUAUGGAAGAUAAUGAUUUCUAGACAUAAAAAUUGACAUCCAUUUUAAUUAUAUUAUCGUUUGAGCUGUUCUUUUCGAUUACUUAGUCUAGUACAACGGGCGUCAACUACAUCGAUGGAUCAGAAACAGAACGUAAACGUCCAUUCAAUCAAAAUCAUCGUCUAACGUCCCUCAGGAGGAGACUCUUCUCCGACAAAAAUCGAGGAUUUUGGCGCGAAUAUUCCUGUAGGACGUGUGGGAACGCCUAGUGAUGUGGCGUCUCUGGCAAAUUUUCUGGCAUCUCCAGAGAGCAGUUUCAUAACGGGGGCUUGCCUAGACAUCAAUGGAGGAAAUUUGAUGCUCUAG